UGUAGGGAGACACUGAAUUUCAAACCCAUCUUCUUUCUGCUUUCAUAUAUGGCUUCUUCUUCCUCUCCCAUGAAGGCUCCGAAAUCCGUCGCUGAUGUGGCGUCAUGGUAUUGUGCGAUUGUGUUGUUGGGCUUGAUCUUGUUGGCCUCCAUAAGGGAGAAUUCCCUCGCAGAUGAACCGGUGAGAGGGAACCAGUUCUCGGAGCGGCCCUGCGACGAGAUUUAUGUGGUCGGAGAGGGCGAGACCCUCCACACCAUCAGCGACAAGUGCGGCGACCCGUAUAUCGUGGAGCGCAACCCGCAUAUCCAUGACCCGGAUGAUGUGUUUCCCGGGCUCGUUAUCAAGAUCACUCCCUCCAAGUCCACAUCAACGAAGUAUCUGAGGUAGUUCAUAAAUUUUUUUUUUUCCUUCCCCUUUCCCAAUACAAACGAUGUAAUAUAUAAAGAAUGAUUCUCAUAUGAAGUGGAAACUAUUUGGAGCACAGAAGACAUACUUUUUUUUUUUUUUUUUUUUUAAUGUAAAGGAUGAUGAACACGGCAGCGUUUUUAAUAAGUUCAUGGCAUGGGUUAUUACGCAAAGAAGGUGAUCUACUGAUCUUUGACUCUUUGUGCCUGCAAAGGUUGUAUGAUUCAGAGAAAUAUAAAA